AAGCAAACCGAAGAGAACACGCAGAGAAGCAAAGAAGCCCAACGCCUUUCCGCAGUUCCUCUCCUUCCUCCCCUUCCCGUCUCUCUCCCCGCCGGAGCCCUCCCGAUCUCUCUCGCGUCGGUUUUUCUCCGGCGGCGUCAAUGGCGGACGGCGGCGGCGCCGCCUUCUCUUCCGCUUCUCUUUAGAUUCCGAGCGCGCGGGGGCUGCCGAGAGAGAGAAAGAGAGGGAGAGAGGGGGUGACGACGGCGAUGACGAAGCGGAGGAGACGAGCCCUGCCGCUGCUGCUCCGGAAGCUGCUGACGUGCGCCAUAUGCGCCGUCGCUAUGGUCGCUCUGUUGUCCGGGCACGUCCGCGUGCUUCCUCCGGCCGGAGUCUCCGGCGCUCCGCAGUUCCUAAAGGUGGCGCCUCGCUCGCUUCAGCGCUCGUCGCAUUGCUCUCGUCCGCAAUACCAGAGACAGGGGAGUGAGCAGAGCUGGACGAAGGAACUCGUUCCACCUCAAUUUUCGAAAAAUCCAGGGUCUUCUCGCAAGAUGAACAGUGCCGACUGGAGUUUGGAUUUUGAUAAGCUCUGGAAGCAUCCAUCAAACCGUGAUUUCAUGCCAUGUAUAAGUCCUAGCACAAAUUAUACAGUUCCUUCAGCAUCACAAGGUUACCUUCUAGUCCAUACCAAUGGCGGACUUAAUCAGAUGCGAGCUGGGAUAUGUGACAUGGUUGCUGUAGCUCGUAUAAUAAAUGCUACUUUGGUGAUUCCCGAACUAGAUAAAGGUUCUUUUUGGCGAGAUUCUAGCAACUUUUCAGAUAUUUUUGAUGAAGAACAUUUUAUAAGCACUUUAUCUAACGAUGUUAAAGUUGUAAAGAAGCUUCCCAAGGAAGUGGCUAAAACCACAAAGUUAGUGAAGGAAUUUAAAAGUUGGUCUGGCAUGGAUUACUAUCACAAGGAGAUAGCUGGCAAGUGGGAAUAUUAUGAGGUAAUACGAGCUUCAAAGUCAGAUUCUCGUCUUGCAAAUAAUAAUCUUCCAUCAGCCAUUCAAAAGCUACGCUGUCGUGCUUGUUAUGAGGCCCUUCGUUUUGCACCCCAUAUUGAAGCAAUGGGAAAGUUGCUGGUUGAGCGGAUGAGAUCUUAUGGUCCUUAUAUUGCUCUUCAUUUGCGGUAUGAGAAGGACAUGCUUGCCUUUAGUGGGUGUACGCAUGGUUUAUCAGCUGCUGAAGCUAAAGAACUGCGGAUAAUUAGGGAGAACACUCUGCAUUGGAAGAUAAAGAAUAUUAAUUCUACUGAGCAGAGAUCUAAAGGAUACUGCCCUCUAACUCCAAAGGAGGUUGCAAUUUUUCUCACAGCCCUCGGGUAUCCACCCCAUACACCUAUAUACGUCGCCGCUGGAGAAAUAUAUGGAGGCGACUCUCAUAUGACUGAACUACGGUCCCGCUAUCCGAUGUUGAUGAGCAAGGAAAAACUAACAUCAGUCGAGGAGCUGAAACCUUUUAUGAAUCAUGCAUCUCAAAUGGCAGCACUGGAUUACAUUGUAUCUGUGGAGAGUGAUGUUUUCAUUCCAUCCUACUCAGGAAAUAUGGCAAGGGCAGUCGGAGGUCACCGCCGCUUUUUGGGGCAUAGAAAGACAAUAUCACCUGACAGGAAAGCUCUUGUUCGUCUAUUUGACAAAAUUGAGCAGGGGACUCUGAAAGAAGGAAGUAGGUUAUCAGAUCGCGUUGCCGAACUCCAGAAAAGACGGCAAGGGUCCCCACGGAAGAGGAAAGGCCCCAUCUCAGGAACAAAGGGCAUGGAUAGAUUUCGUUCGGAGGAGGUGUUCUACGAGAAUCCUUUGCCAGACUGUUUAUGUCGGAGUGAAUUGCCUGAAGUGAUUGCAUCAGUUGACAUCAGGUAGAUCAUGUGGAGCGGAAACUGCUCCCAGAAGAAGAAAUCUGUUGGGACUGACUGCUUCAGGCACCUCAAGCUCUUGGGACUGACUGCAGUGAAUAGAUAGGGACGCGGAACUUGUAUAUACUGAGUUUUAGAACUAGGUAGGAUGGGCCCGUGCACAGGAAGUGAAAUGCGCUAGCAAUGAGCAAGCAGGGGUAGUUUGAUCCCUGAAGAUGGGCCUUGCGUUUUAUCAUCAAGGCAAAAUCUUUGAGGAGAUGGCAGGUAUAGGGAGAUUGAUUGGAUGAAAUUCAUUUAGGAUGCAAUAAUUCUAUUAUUGCUUUUCCAGAA